UUUCUCAUAUGAAAUAUUUUAAUGUAGUAAAAUGCGGUUACCCGCCUAUCGACAGCGAGACUCGCUGAGCGAGUCGAUUAAUCGAGACUAGCCGGAACGCCGAGCGCGAACGGCGUGAGCCAUGGCUUUCAUCCCCACCACCUGACUGCCGCCUGACUACCGUCUCGGACUUGGAAAUUGAGACUAUUGAAAGAAAGUUUAUCCUCCAACAUGGUUGUAGCUGGUUGUAGUAAAAAUUUAUUAAUCUUGCAUAUAAUUUUUAUGCAUUUAUUCUGACUUCAAAUCAUCAUUUGAUACUUUCUCUCUCGUUUGAUUUUUGGAGACACCACUCUUAGAGGAAGUCCGCAGCCACAUGACUAAAGAAAACGAGGAAUUUAAUAAGCAAAGCGCUGUGACAUAAUAGAGAAUAAAAUGACAAAUACGUGUGUUGUGUGCAAAAAACAAUUUAUUCCGUUUGAUACAUCUCGAAGUUUUCACAAAUUUCCUGUUAAUGUUGAAAUGAAAAAGAAAUGGAUGGAAGCUAUUGGUGUGACAACGGUUUGUAAGACAGCCAGCAUAUGUAGCGACCACUUCUAUGAAGAUUCAUUUCAUCAGACUGAUGGAUAUACAAUUUUGAGACGUUUAGUAUCAACUGCUGUCCCUUUUAAUCGAAACGGUCAAUUAUCUUCACCAAUCAACAACGUACCUACUCAAAUACUUGAUGACAUAACAAAUCAUCAAGAUACGACAAUAAGUGUCGAAAAUACAUUUUCAACAAAUACGAAUACUAGUGGCUUUGAGACACAUAAUCAUUUAAGUUCCAGAAAUAGUAUUAAAAGAAAAUCAUCUGUCGUCAACAUUCACCCAACAAAAUUUUGUUUUAUGGUCGGAAGUCAGUCAGAGUUUUUUCCAAAAGAGCACUUUGCUUCAGAUGAAGCUUGGGAGCGAUUUGUAAGAGUUAUGGCUGCUGAAAAAUCUAAAAAAUCUGCUAUCCAUAUGAAGUUAACUAAAAAAGAAAAAAUAAAUACUAAUAUAAGAGAACUAAUCAAAAUCAUGAAAGAGAAACAGUUUUCUAAAGCUGCUGAAUGUUUACAGGAAUUACCUGAACAUUUACAAGAAUUGAUAAUUCGAAUAAAAGAAAAACAAACUACGACUGCGUUUCCUGCUCAAUUAAAAAAUUUGGCCAGAUCCUUACAUUUUUACUCUCCAGCUGCUUAUGAGUUUGUGAGACAAAGCUAUCUCAAGUGUUCCCGUCAAAUCUCUUAGUAAUUGGUUGUCUUCAAAAAAUUAUAAACCAGGUAUUUCUGAAGAAUUAAUAAGACACGUGUCAAACAUGGUGAAGCAAGGAUUUUAGAAAGGCAAAAAGCUUAUUUUUAAUGUUACGAGUUGUUUUAGCUUAUUUUUAAUGUUACGAUUUUUAAUGUUUAUUUGACGAGAUGAACAUCCAUAAAUGGAAACAUUGAGAUAAAAAUGCUCACAAAUGGAAAGGUGUCGUCGAUUUAGGUGGACAGUUGGAUGAAAUUGAUAAUAAUAAUGAACUUAAGAUAGCUACGAAAGCAUUAGUUUUUAUGCUAGUCUGCAUUAAUGGGUCGUUUAAAACACUCAUUGCACAUUACUUAAUUAAUUCUUUAACAGAUAAAGAAAAAGCAAUACUUUUAAAAGAUUUAUUGAUAAAACUUAGCCAAAGUGACAUUGAAGUAGUUAGCACUACUUUUGAUGGUGAUAAAACACAUGUAAGAGCAUGUGAAGUAUUAGGCACUAAUUUUAAUUACAAAGAUAAGAACAAUUUUAAACCGUACUUUAAACACCCAAAUACUUUAAAACCUGUCUACGUGUUUUUUGAUCCGUGUCAUAUGCUCAAGUUAGUAAGAAAUUAUUUUGCAUUAGAAGGACCUAUAAUAUAUGAUAAAAAAGAAAGUAUUAGUUGGGAAUACAUAAAAAGGUUACACAAUAAGCAAAUUAGUGAGGGCUUGCACAGUGCAAGCAAAAUAUAAGAUAGACAUGUUUAUUUUCAAAACGAAAAAAUGAAAGUUUCACUGGCGGCGCAAGUAUUAAGUUCAAGCGUAUCAAAUGCAUUACAUUUCCUUGAAUUUGAAAUUAAAGAUAAAAACUUUGAAAAAGCUUCAUUUACAGCAAAAUUUUGUAAAACAAUAAAUGAUAUUUUUGAUGUUUUAAAUGUAAAGAACAAAUUUUGUAAGACGCCAGAACGAAAAGCUGUUACCAAAGAUUUUUUUUAUCCCAAUUCAAAACAAAAAUUGAUGGAUUCAUUGAUUAAAUUGAAAAAUUAAAAAUUGAUGUACCUGUUGCGAGAAAAAACAAUAACAUAACGACAACAGACAAAGAAAAUUCUAUAAUUAAUAAUAAUCAAGUAAUACAAAAAAUUGUAAUUCAGUCCUUGAAAGCAAAUCUGUUAAAACGGGGUUUCUUCGCUUUAUUAUUUGUCUAAAACACUUAUUUAGUCUUUGUACAGAUUUGAUACAAAAUAAUAUUGUUCAAUUUGUUUUAAGUUAUAAACUAUCUCAGGAUCACGUUGAAAUGUUUUUUGGUUUAAUAAGAAGAAUGAAUAGUUAUAAUAAUAAUCCAACAACAGUACAAUAUCAAUCUGCUUACACUAAAUUAUUAGUUAAUAAUAUGAAUGUUUUAGUAUCUACUUCAGCGAGCUGUACUCCGCAAGACAAUACAUUAUUAAUUUCAGACGUAACUAACAUUACUGAAAUAAAACAAACAAUAGCAGAUAAUGGAAAAUACAUCAAUUUCAAAAACUAAUACGGAAAUUCAUAAUAAAAAAGAAAGAAAAAAAGUCCCACAACAAAAGCAAAUUAGUAAUUUUCCAGUUUAUAAUUAUUUGAAAAGUAAUCAUAGUAUACUAUUUGAUUACAAUUAUUGCGGAAACGCAGGUUGGUAUGUUUCUGAUUAUUUUGAGGAAAUCGUGAAGCAUAUAGCUGGUUCAAUAGUACAUUCACUGAAAAAAAAAUUAAUUUGUGAAAUUUGUAAAGAUAUGUUAGAAGGUGAUAGUGAUAAAUCAAAAUUAACAAUUUUUAAAAAUUGUGGUGGCUUGCAUUUUCCUUCGAAAGAUGUCAUUUUGAUUUGUAUGAGUGCUGAGAAAAUAAUACGUCAACAUACUUAUUUAUUGUUAAAAGAUAUAAAUAACAAGCUUAUAACAAAAACACUACAACUACUUCCUAAUGCAAUUUUAGAUAACAAUAAUCAUAUUUUAGAUCAAGAGCCUUUGUAUGAUCAUCGACACCAAUUGAUUAUUCUUAUUAUACAAAAAUAUAUCGAUAUUCGUUUGACACACAAAAGUAAAUGCUCCAAAAAUGAUUCUAAAAGAAUUAGAAUGCAUUAUAAUAAGCUAACGAUUUUCAGUGGCCAAUAAUAAUAUAUUAACUGAUAAAAACAUAGAUAAAAGUUGUAUACUUUCUAUAUGUUUGAUGUUAAGUUUAUAAUAAAUAAGAGUUCAAGUUUGAAUAUAUAUUAAAAAUACGUAAAAUGUUUUAUUAGAAUAUUUUAUUAUUAUAACAUUACAAAUUUUUGUUAUGUAUAAGCGUUUAUGUAAAUAAAAAACUUCAUGU